AUUUUAUCGUAAUGCAAGUGCAUGCUAGAGAGGCGAAAAAGGGAAAACUAUCAUUAAAAACCAAUUGAAUGGAUGCUGUUUUACGAGAUGUACCGCCUAACAGUAGUGACGUGAGCUGUUUCGACAGAAGCAAUGGACAUCAAUAAUCCCAUGAAAUGCCAAAGAGAAAACAGAUUCCGGCUCGGCCGGACAUGCCAUUUGAUAUAUGGACCAUAGUGAAGCAAUUUGCCUCGCGGGAAAUCACUAGAAUAUCAGUUCCUGUCAAUUUUUGUGAACCUCUAUCAUUUCUUCAAAGAUUGACCGAAGAUUUUGAAUAUGCUUCAGCACUUGAAAAAGCAGCGACUUUUACGGAUCCAGGCGAGCAAAUGGCACAUGUGGCAGCUUUCUCUGCGUCUGUUUAUGCUAGCACAUCGAAUAGGAUGACAAAACCAUUCAACCCUCUUCUCAAUGAGACCUUUGAUUUAGACAGAAAAGAAGAACUAGGCUGGAGAGCUAUUGCAGAACAAGUAAGUCAUCAUCCACCAAGAUCAGCACUUCACGUAGAAGGAUCGAAGUGGAAGUGCUGGGAAGAUUACGGACUCAUGAUGAAAUAUCGUGGUAACUACAUGCAAAUCAAACCGGAGGGAGUUACACAUCUUGUAUUCGAUUCGGGAAACCAUUACACGUGGAAUAAAGUGAUCUCUAGUAUAAAUAAUAUCAUUGUAGGCACCAUGUGGAUAGAUAAUUAUGGUACUGAUGUAGUAACUAACCAUACGCUGGGAUAUAAGUGCACAUUGACUUAUGCCACAAGCAGUUCUAAAGAAGCUAAGAGGAAAGUUACCGGAUUUGUUUUAAAUGAAGCUGGAGAGAAGAAAUGGAUCGUAGCAGGAGAAUGGGACAAAAUAAUGAAGGUGGCUCCAGUGACCGAUGCAACAGACGAGGUCGCUUUAAUUGAAGAUGAAAACACGACCGCGACUGUAGUUUGGGAGAAAAGUGCACCUCGGGAGGACAGCCACCUCCAGUACUAUUUUGGUCAGUUCGCCACAGAAUUGAACGAGCCCGAACCAGGAGUAGCACCGACUGAUUCCAGAUUUCGACCCGACGUACGAAGUUUUGAGAACGGAAAUUGGCAAGAAGCAAAUUCUGUUAAAUGUGAACUUGAAGAUAAGCAAAGGGCAAGGUUGAAGGCCCAAGAUAAGGAGCCCGAUCCUUUGUGGUUCAGAAAACAAACAGUUGAAGAUGUUGGUGAUGAAACAUACGUUUACAUAGGAGGCUAUUGGGAAUGUAAAAAAAAGAAAGACUGGAAAAGGUGUCCAAAAAUAUUUUAAAAAUAUUUAUAUCUCGUCGCACUUAAAUUUUCAUUGUUUUAACUUGAAAAAUACCUACAAAUACCGUAGGAUAUAGUCCAGGAAUCAUAAAAAAAUCAAAAAAUCUUCACCUUCAAUCUUUGUGUAGAUUGGUAUCUUCAAUUUCCUCAUCAGCUAAUUCCUUGAACUUGGUUCGUAGCUUAAGCUAUCAAGUAAAAACUUAAUAAUGACCGAAUUAUCUGAUCUAUUUAUUUCUUAACCAGGUGAUUAAUUCUAUAAUAAUAG